UACAUAGCCUGGCUUUCGCAUAAGCAAUCCCACUCCCCCCAGUCCUCUAUAUAUACAUAUACAUAAACCAAUCCUCUGAUUCACAGCGAACCCAUUCACCACACAAAACGACCCUUUCAUAUAUCUUUCCUUCCCUCCCUCUCUCCGGUUCUGUUCAUCUUUAGUUUGUCACCUCUGUUCUUCACUGUGACGAAUUGGCUGGAGAAGAAGAAGGUGACUCAAUGGAGAAUCUUCCAAAGUGCCAAGCGAACUAUACCCCACUCACCCCUCUCACUUUCCUCGCCAGAGCUGCUUCCUCUUAUGCUGACAGAACCUCCCUCGUCUACGACGGAGCCUCUUUCACUUGGUCUCAGACAUACGACCGUUGCUGCCGCCUCGCCUCCUCCCUCCGCUCCCUCCACGUCGCCACCCACGACGUCGUGUCGGUGUUGGCGCCCAACAUUCCGGCCAUGUACGAGAUGCACUUCGCGGUGCCUAUGGCGGGAGCUGUGUUGAACGCAAUAAACACUCGUCUUGAUGCCAACAACAUAGCCACCAUCCUCAAGCAUUCCGAAGCGAAAGUCUUCUUCGUGGACUACGAGUACGUUCCCAAGGCUGGCGAAGCACUUAGAAUCCUCAUGGAAUCUAACGGCGGCUAUUCCUCUUUGCCGCUCGUCGUCGUCAUUGACGACCUCAACUCUCCCACUGGCAUCCGCAUGAACGAGCUCGACUACGAGCUCCUUAUCCGCCGUGGCGACCCCACCUUCGUCCCCAUCGAGCCUCACGAUGAGUGGGCCCCAAUUGCCCUUAACUACACCUCUGGCACCACCUCUGCACCAAAAGGCGUCGUUUACAGUCACAGAGGAGCUUACCUCAGUACGCUCAGCUUGAUCCUAUGCUGGGAGGUUCCCACGGCACCAGUCUACCUGUGGACCCUGCCUAUGUUCCACUGUAACGGCUGGACCUUUACUUGGGGGGUGGCGGCGCGUGGCGGCACCAAUGUCUGCCUUCGCAACAUCACGGCCUUGCAAAUCUUCAAGAACAUAGCCCUUCACAACGUAACUCACAUGUGCUGUGCGCCCAUCAUCUUCAACAUCAUCCUCCAGGCUAAACCAGCCGAGCGCCACCGCCUCACCUCGACAGUCGAGAUCCUCACCGGAGGCGCGCCUCCCCCGGCGGCGCUGCUCCAACAGAUAGAGCCGCUCGGGUUCCACGUCACGCAUGCCUACGGCCUUACGGAAGCCACUGGACCGGCGCUUGUGUGCGAGUGGGAUAAAAAGUGGAAUGAUUUGCCGAAAGAGGAACAAUCGAAGCUGAAAGCUCGUCAAGGGGUUAGCAUAUUAACGCUUGCAAAUGUUGACGUGAAGAAUCUGGAGACGAUGGAGAGCGUGCCCAGAGACGGGAAGACGAUGGGAGAGAUAGUGCUGAGAGGGAGUGGCAUCAUGAAGGGCUAUUACAAGGAUCCAAAAGAAACAUCCAAAGUGUUCCAAAAUGGGUGGUUCAGAACAGGGGAUGUCGGGGUCGUACACCCAGAUGGUUAUUUAGAGAUCAAAGACAGGUCCAAGGAUGUGAUUAUCUCCGGCGGAGAAAACAUUAGCAGUGUCGAGGUGGAGAAUGUUCUUUACAACCAUCCGAGGGUGUCGGAAGCUGCGGUGGUGGCAAUGCCUCACCCGAAGUGGGGAGAAAGCCCCUGCGCCUUCAUAGCUCUGAAGAAGAAUGAAACAGGGAAGAAGACCAGCGAUGACGACGACGUCACGGAGAGUGAUAUGAUUGGGUAUUGCAGGAAGAGGAUGUCACACUUCAUGGUUCCGAAGGUCGUCAGGUUCAUGGACGAGCUGCCAAAGACCUCAACGGGUAAGAUUCUCAAGUUUGAAUUGAGGGAGAAUGCGAAGGCGUUCGUUGUGCCCGAAGAUGUAAAGACGACGUCGUCUAGCUCUGCACGGGUUGAUCGAAAUAACAACAAUAAUAAUGAAGGUGGUCAUUACAACGAACAGGUUUUGGCUCUUUCCCGUCUUUGAAUCGAAUCACUCAGGUCCUUUUUCUUGGGAAAACAAUGGAAAGAGGGUAAAAGAGCCCAACAAAGUUCUGUGUGUUUGUGUACAUACUCUGUAAUUGGGAGAGAUGCUAUGUAGCAAGUAUGUACUUAUUUUAAGUAGUUUUUAUUUGAGUAAAACAACCUUAAACCCCGCUUGUCCUAUGGAUACGUAUUUAAGCUUUUAAAUGUCUUUUUUAUUUUAAAAUAUUAAUGAUCAGCGGGCUAUACAACUAGUCCAUGUGUA